AUGAUCUCAAACGGUGCAUUAGAUGGUGAAAUGUAUGGAGUUUCACCAUUUCAACAAGGAAGAACAUUCAUGACACCACCACGUAAUCCACCAGUUUAUUAUAAUAAUUCGAGUUAUUCCCAACCAUCUAUGAUGACACGUGAUGGUACAUUAAAUAAUUCUGGUAGUAGUGCUAAUCCAAAUAAUGCUACUGGCUAUUUAUCUGAUCUACAUUCACAUUCAGUACAAAGCAAAUUUUCACAUGUGAGAAUUUAA